UAUGAUUAUCUCCUCUUUGGUUAUUAGUUAUGACAAAAUAUUCUCGUGCUUAUUGCUCAUUAAUCACCCAUUUAUUAUUACCGACCUUUUGGUAUCUUCUCCAUAUCUUUCUUCUUCUUACAAUGUUUUUUAGUCUUUAUAUAUAUAUAUAUACACAACAAAUUUAACAUUCCCUCCAAUGUCCUACUGUCUCCUUCUCUGUGUGUUACCAUGGUUUUACUUCACCAUGUAAGUCUCUCUCAUUAUCAAAAUUCAUCUUCUCUGUUUUCUUCCUCCUCUGAAUCAAUCCUUUGUUUAUUUCUUGUGUUGUGUGUGAUGCAGUUAGAGCAAGGGAUGCGUCCGAUUUCACGAUGUUACAAUCCAACCGCGUAUUCGACAACAAUGGGAAGAAGUUUCUUCGCAGGUGCAGCCACAAGCAGCAAGCUAUUCUCCAGAGGUUUCUCAGUCACAAAGCCAAAAUCUAAAACCGAAUCUAAAGAAGUUGCUGCAAAGAAACAUAGUGACGCAGAGAGAAGGAGACGGCUUCGGAUUAAUUCCCAGUUUGCAACUCUCCGCACCAUUCUUCCAAACUUAGUCAAACAAGAUAAAGCAUCUGUGCUUGGAGAGACUGUCAGGUACUUCAAUGAAUUGAAAAAGAUGGUUCAAGACAUACCAACCACACCAUCUUUAGAAGACAACUUGAGAUUGGACCACUGUAAUAACAACAGAGACUUGGCAAGAGUCGUGUUCAGUUGUAGCGACAGAGAAGGGCUAAUGUCGGAGGUUGCAGAGUCAAUGAAAGCAGUGAAAGCAAAGGCGGUGAGAGCUGAGAUCAUGACAGUAGGUGGAAGAACCAAGUGUGCCUUGUUUGUUCAAGGUGUCAAUGGGAAUGAAGGAUUGGUGAAGCUCAAGAAAUCGUUGAAACUUGUAGUGAAUGGUAAAUCAUCAUCAGAGGCGAAAAACAACAACAAUGGAGGAUCGUUGUUAAUUCAGCAGCAAUGAGUAUUUUGUUUAUAUACUUGUACAUCUCUGUUUCUCCUAGUCCAUUAGAGAAGGUAGAUGUAAAGGUAUAAAAGCCCAUGUGUUAUUGAAAUUGGGUGGAUACUUACAAGAGUCUAUAUGAAUAAAAAUGAUGCAAUUCUUUCUUUGGAGAUGGUGUGGAUGUUAUAACAAAAUAUGAAUCAUGUGAAAUUUUUUGUCCCAUCUUUGUU